GAGUUCUUGUCCAGUGUCCACUGAGUCUCCCACUAGUCCAGACAUCAUGGAGGUGUUCUUCAACUCGUCUUUGCUCUUCAUCUCACACAAACCAUUAAACUCCAGCAUAGGGGACAAGACUGUAUAUGAGCAGUGUGACGGCAUGCCAGACCGUGCUUCUCUUCUACCUGGUGCUGCAGUUCAUCAACAUGUUCUUGGGGAUCCCAGCCAACGUCAUGGUGCUGUGGCUCCUGCACAAGAACAAGAGUGACUCCACCACCUCGGACAUCUUCAUCAAGCACCUGGCCAUCCUGGAUACCUUCUUCUGCCUCAUCCCCCCUCUGGAGCUGGCCAACAUCGUCUACCUGACCAGCAGCAGCACCUGGUACGUGAUGCGCUUCUUCUACGGCGUCAAGGACUCCUCUCCACUCUUCCUGUCCUGCAUCUGCCUGGACCGCUACAUGGCCGUGCUCCACCCAAUCACCUUCACAGAGCUCAAGGACCGCAGCCACCGGCCUGUGCUUGCCGCCGUCGUGUGGAUUGUCACGCUGGCCUACUCCACCGCCAAGUGCGUGGGCAACAUCGUGAACUUUGACAAGGUCUUCACAAUCAUGAUCCUGGCAGCAUUCGCCUUCAUGGUAUUCUGUAAUGUCGCCAUCCUAUGGGCCCUGAGGCAGUCUGGGCCGGGCCGUGACGAGAUGCACCCUGUCAAGAAGAGAGCCUUUAAAAUGGUCCUCAUCAUAUUGGCAAUCAUUGUUUUGAACUACUUCCCUCCUGUGGCUCUGUUCCCCUUCCAGCAAUACUUCUCCCCAGAUGUAUUCCAGUGCUACAUCCACUACAUUGCCUUUGGCUUCAUGGACAUUAGCAGCAGUAUCCAACCUGUGCUUUACCUGUCAAAAGAGAAAAUACUACCACAGAAACCUGGCUGCUGCUGUACCAGAAAUACAGCCAACUCAGGAUGAUCCCUCAACACACAUACAGUACUGGUAGAAGUCUGGUUAUUAUGGUGGGAAGUAGUUUUGGUCCAAAACUGACAAUGUAAGGA